AUGGACCCCGCAAUCAAAUUCGAAUUAGAAAGAUAUGGCGAUGACAUCCCAUUCCGAGCAAAAACAAAUCAUACACAAUCAACAUGGGCAAGAACAUUUCAUUCAUCUCCCGAAUUAUUCAUUCAACCAGAAUCUAUCGAUGAAGUAGAAAAAGUGGUCAAUCUCGCUCGAAAAUGCAGGAGAAGAAUUACAACUGUAGGAUGUGGUCAUUCUCCUUCAAAUAUCACUUGCACAUCGAGUUGGCUCAUUAAUCUGGACAAUUUCAAUAAAAUCUUAUCUGCGGAUCGGGAGACGGGAGUGGUGGUUAUGCAAAGUGGUAUACGAUUGUAUUCCGUGGGCGAACAACUUGAUGCUCUGGGUUUGGCAAUGCCAAAUUUGGGUAGUAUCAAUCAUCAAUCGAUUGCUGGCGCCAUUUCAACUGGUACUCAUGGAAGUACAUUACGACAUGGGAUUCUGUCAAGUUCGAUUUUGGAAUUGAAGAUUACUCUUUCGGAUGGUAAAACGGAAACCUGUUCACCGAAUGAAAAUGAAGAACUCUUUCGCGCUUCUCUCAUUUCUCUUGGAGCAAUCGGUAUCAUUACAGAAAUUACUUUUCAAGCAGUCCCAGCUUUCACUCUCUCAUGGGAACAAACUGUUGAUACCGAUAUCCGAAUGAUGAAUAAUUGGAACAAGACACUUUGGACACAAACCGAAUUCGUUCGAGUUUGGUGGUUUCCUUAUACAAGAAGAGCGGUUGUUUGGACGGCUGAAAAGACUGAUUUGGCUCCUGUUCCUCCUGCAAAAUCUUAUUAUGAUGCUUGGUUAGGAUAUCACGUUUAUCAUAAUCUUCUUGCUCUUGGACAUUGCAUUCCACGUAUCCUUCCAUGGGUAGAAUGGUUCGUUUUUGGUAUGCAAUAUGGUUUUACAAAUGGUUCAAAAAGUUCUGCUAUUCAACCAUCCCGCCAAGCACUUCUCAUGAAUUGUCUUUACUCUCAAUUCGUUAACGAAUGGGCAAUUCCAAUUUCCAAAGGUCCAGAGGCUAUCAAAAGAUUAAGUUCUUGGCUCAAUCAUCUUACUCCAGAGGAUCCAGAUUACGUUGAGCAUGGUAUUCCAGUUUCAGCAGAUGGUCUUUAUGUUCAUGCACCAGUUGAAGUUCGCGUCACCGAAACAAGCAAUAGUACUACUCCUCGUCCACAUCUUGAUCCUACUUGUACAGAAGAAGCAACUCUUUACUUGAACGCAACGCUUUAUCGUCCUUAUGAUAUGGAUCCGCCAUGUCACGAGAGAUAUUAUCAAGGGUUUGAAUUUUUGAUGCGGGAAUUAGGUGGGAAACCCCAUUGGGCUAAGAAUUUCGAAACAACAGGAUCAGAUAUUGAGGAAAUGUAUGGAGAUAAUCUGAAGGAAUGGAGAAACAUAAGGAAUAAUGCGGAUCCGGAGGGAAUGUUUGUAGGAGAAUGGCAUAGGAGAUUUAUAAUGGGUCAAGGACCUAAAUUGGCGCUUGAGGAAGUGGAAGUUGGGAGAAAGAAGCUUAGAAAGGGAGGUGUUUUGGUUGAGGGGAUUGUUGGGGGCUUUAAGGAUGAGGAGGGUAGUGAGAGUGGAGAGUCUUUUGAUAUGUUGAGGGCUAGUGAGAUGAAGUGA